AUGAGACAGAAUGGAGUGCUCAUUCAGCUCACGCUGCUGCUGCUGCUGCUGCUGCUGCUGCUGAUUGCUGGAGGGCCUUCGACGGCAGAUCGAUUGACACCGAAAACAGCAGCAGCAGCAGCAGCAGCAAUAGCAAGACCUAUCAGACAUGCGUCUGCUUGUGGGGCCUUUCUUGUGAACAGCUUUUCUUCCACAGCAGCAACGGCCUGGCAACAGCAGCAGCAAAAGCACCCGCAGCAGCAGAAGCAGCAGCAGCGGGCACGGAGGCAAAUCCACUGCAGGAAGGAGAGCUUUAAUGAACUCCGGGCAUUUAGGCUCAUCUCAACAAAAUGCAGCAGCAGCAAUAGCUGCAUCGAAAGCAGCAGCAGCAGCACCACCUGCAUUGACAGCAACAGCAGCAGCAGCAGCGGCAUUGACAGCAGCAGCAGCAGUUUGUGCUUUCGAGAUGCGGACUUUUUGCGCCGGGUCUCAAAGUGGGUUUUGCUGCGGGCCGUCCUAGGCAUAAACACUCACCCUACCACAGAAGAGUUGCUGCAGCAGCAACAGCAACAGCAGCAGCAGCAGCGGGGUCUGGGCAUCAGCAGCAUUUCUGACAUACACGAGAGGUACUCCACGCUGCCCCCUGGAGCAGCAGGAGCAACAGGAGCAGCUGAAACAACAGCCUUCCCGCAGCAGCAGCAGCAGCAGCCGCAGCAGCAGCAGCGGCCGCAGCAGCAAGAAGCUGCCUAUGGCCGCAUCUCGAGCGUGCGGAAUGGGGGCUUGUUUGUAGAUAUAACUCCUCUGUCUUAUCUCGAUGGCUGCAGCAAAAAUAAGCUGCAGGUGUACUUCGGUAGCAGCCCGAAGCACGCUGCAGGCGCAGCAGCAGCAGCAGCAGCAGCAGCACGGGGUGAGCGGGCCUCUGCACCCCCAGGGGGGGCCCCGCUGGCCCCGCAGCAGCUUUUGCCGCUGCUGGAUUUGGGGGACAUAAUACUAGUAAGAGGGGCCCUGAAGAGAACAAAGAAAGGAGAAUUGACUUUGGCUGUAGCAGCAGCAGCAGCAGCAGGAGCAGCAGCAACAGCAGCAGCAACAGCAAGGGAGACCCAAGGGGGGCCUCAAAACCCCAGGGAGGCCCAGCAGCCAGGGGUUCUGGGGGCCCCCACGGCCCAAGGCCAGGGGGGGCCCCACACUCAGGGGGGCUCCCAAAGCCAGGGGGCCCCCGGGGCCCCACACGUGGGGCCCCACACGGGGGUAGGCCAGGUGGUGCUGCUGGCUAAGCAGUUGCUGCCUCCAGAAGCAGCAGCAGCAGCAAAUUGCUCACCGACUGCUACUGCUGUUGCUGCAGCACGCGGGCUGCUCCUGCAGCACGUGGCAGACCUCGGAGCUCCAGCUAUCUAUGCUACCGCGCUGCAGCAGCAACAACAGCAGCAGCAACAGCAACAGCAACAGCAGCAGCAGGGGGAAGGCAGCCGCAACCCCUGGCUCCCGCAGCUGCUGAUGCUGCAGAAGUAUUUGGGCGAGAAGCAGCAGCAGCUGCUGCGAGACUUCCAGCAGCAGCGGCGGCAACAACAGCAGCAGCAACAGCAGCACGAACUGCAGCAGCAGCAUCAGCAGCGGGAGGAGGAAGAGAAUUGCUGGACUGCAGAAGCAGCUGCGCAGCAGCAGCAGGAGCCAGGGCAGCAGCAAGACAGCAGCAGCAGCGGUGCUGCAGGGGUCUCACUGCUGCUGCAGCAGCCAUCCAGGCGCCAUUUGCUGCUGUGCCGCAGCGCAGCAAUAGGGGCCUUGCGCUCUUUUCUUGAUGCUCAGGGCUAUUUGGCUGUAGACACCCCCUGCUUGCUGCGCAUGCAGCAGCAGCAGCAGCAGCAGCAACAGCAGCAGGAGCCGGAGCAGCAGCAGGAGCUGGAGCAGGAGCAGCAGGAUGCUCCACCAGCUGCUGAAACAGUCCGUCUCUUCGUCUCGCAGAUCCAUGCGACCAAGACAGGCGUAGUGUUGCGCCAGGCGCCGGAACUAAACCUAAAGAAGCUGAUUGUUGCUGGCGUUUCUGAUAAGGUCUAUGAGCUGGGCCGGUGCUUCCGCAACGAGGGCUUGUCUUGGAGACAUCAUUUUGAAUUCGUCUCUUUAGAAGUUUACCGGGCUUUGGCAGCAGCAGCAGACAUGCGGCAGCUCGCGCAGCAGCUGCUGCGGGCCGCUGCUGCUGCUGUUGCUGCAGUCCCCAGACACCGGCGGCGACCCGCAGCAGCAGCAGCAGCAACAGCAGCAGGCCUCACAGAACAGGGGCUGCUGCUGCUGAGGGACCCCCAAGAGCAGCAAAGAUUUGUCUCUGUCGAUUUGGAGAUUCCGUUUGAGGAGUAUAAGUACCUGGACUUAGUCAGAAUGCAUACGGGCAUCGACCUGCAGCAGCUCACGCUGCAAGAGGCCCUUCGACAGACGGAGCUGCUGCAGCAGCAGCAGCAGCAGACGCUGCCUGCUGCUUGUCUCGCUACCAAGGAGCACUUGUCUGCUUUUCUCUUCAAAAGAUUCGUAGAAAAGAAACUUCUGAGGCCGACCCAUGUGCUGCACCCGCCGCUGCUGCUGUCGCCCCUAGCAGCAUCAGUAGCCCCAGCAGCAGCAGCAGAAGCAGCAGCACUCCCAGCGGCAGCAUCAGCAACAGCACCACCACCCCCAGCAGCAACAGCAGCAGCACCAGCAGUGCCAACAGCAGCCGCAGCAGCAGCAGCAACGCCAGCAGCAGCAGCACAAGCCACAGCAGCAGCAGCAGCAGCAGCAGCAGGUGACAUGCCGCUGGCUGAGCGCUUCGAAACCUAUGUGGGGGGAGUGGAAGUGGCUGACGGCUACGCAGAGCUGAGCUGCCCGCUGGAGCAGCGGAGGAGAUUAAAGCAGCAGCAAAAAGAAUUUAAAUUAGAGCAGCAGCAAAAAGAAUUUAAAUUAAAUCAAAUAAUUAGAAAUAAAAAGAGAAAUCUACAGAUUGAAGACGCGGGGCCCCAAGCAGACCACGAGGACUUUCUGCAAAGCCUUUGCUUGGGGCUGUGCCCCACGGCGGGGUUGGGCGUUGGGGUGGACCGGCUGCUGCUGCUGCUGACUGGCAGCAGCAGCAUCAGAGACGUUAUGUUCUUGCCGACACAAAGCAAAUAA